CGGACGACAUGCCAGAAGCGGAUCAGAUGCCAGCCGUAGCCGAACCACUGUUAGACCCGUCCAUUGACAUCAUCUCUUGCGGAACUCUGGAAGCGUUCAACAGAUUUAAUGAUAGCAAAUGUGACACUCAUUUGGAAAAGACAACAAAUGAGUCGAUACUAGAAAAGUAUAACCGAUUGACCGAAGAAAUCAAACAAUUGGUUGAUUUGGCCGCUAAUGACACCAACGAUUCCAACAAAGAGUUGUUAACAAAAGUGGACAAACUGUCGGAACAGUUGCAAGAUUUACAAGUAUUACGAUUUGAUAACACAAACACUUUGAAGGAUGUCUUUGAAUCGAUUGACAAGUCUGUGGAUAAAGCAAACAUCAAAGACGAUCAAAAUGAUAGUCAAUUGAGAUAUAAAUUAUGGUAUAAACCGGAGAAGAAUACUCUGAACGAGUCGUCGAAAAUCAAUUCAUUGGAACAGAGGAUCAAAACGAUUGAAUCAGUUUUGGGCACAAAUGAAAACAAUCAAUUGAGAUAUAAAUUAUGGUAUAAACCGGAGAAGAAUACUCUGAACGAGUCGUCGAAAAUCAAUUCAUUGGAACAGAGGAUCAAAACGAUUGAAUCAGUUUUGGGCACAAAUGAAAACAAUCUUAACGAAACGGUUCAGGAUUUGAGUGCAAAAGUGUCUCAAUUUGACCAAAAUUCACUCGAAAGGGUUGACUCACGACUCCAUAUGAUUACCGAUAAAUUAUCUCAAAUCGCGGACAGAAAACAACAAUUUGAAGAAUUGGAGAAAAAUUCUAAAAUCAAUGAAUUAUUUGAAUUGAUUCAGAAAACAGAGAAAAGUCGUUCAACUCUUCCCACGGUUUUACAGCGAUUGGAAACUUUAAAUGAUCUCCAGGAGCAAGCGCUUCAAUUCUCGUCCGGUCUCUCAUACUUGGAUUCAUUGGAGACACAGAUCGCGGAGUCCAUGAAAACUAAUGAACAAGAACUCCACACUUUGAAGACAUCGUUUGAAACCAAUGUCGAUUCUGAUGGUGUCAUCAAAUCAAUGAUAUGGCGAACCUCUUCUCUCAUGGCAUACAUGAAGGCCUUCGUCUCCCACAAGGCGUUACAGAUCUCGACGUCUGACGUCUCGUCCAAUGCUAUCACUUCAGACAAUAUAGAGUUGACCCGAAAAUACGAGGUCUUGAUUCCGCUGCACCACGACUGGGCUCUAAUCAAUGCGUUCACAACUGGAUUAACAAAUUACUACUCCGUAUUUCCCAAUUGUCUCACAUAUAAUGUAUUUUUAUACAAUUCCCUGGCGUUGAAAGACCAGAGUCUCUCCACAUCGACCGGUUCUGCGGGAGUUGUGGCGAACUUUCCGGUGCCAAACGAAACCACUAAAUCCAGUUCUUGGGCCUCGUCUUCCCUCCCGACUGCUCGCAAAGAGUUGUUGUAA